AUGGGCGCGGCGAGGACCGCGGGCCGCGGCGCCGGGGCCGGCCUGGCGCUCCGGGGACUGCUGCUGGCGGGCGUCCUCCUGCGGUGCCGACCUGUUGCUGCCGUUUCCCCGCAGGCACCUGCGCGCGCCCUGGGAGCCGCAGCGACCGCGGCCGGGAGCCCCGGCGGCGCCCCGAGCCCGCCUCCCGCGGAGCGGCCCGGCGGAGCAGAGGGAGGCGAGUACGACCUGGUGUCGGCUUAUGAGGUUGACCACCGGGGAGAGUUCGUGUCCCACGAAAUCACGCACCACCAGCGGCGCCGGCGCGAGGCGGACCAGCAGGGAGGGGGCACUCUGCACCUCCGGCUGAAGGGGAUCAGGCACGAUUUCCACCUGGAACUGGAGGUUGCCAGCCGUCUGCUGGCUCCCGGGUUUCUGGUUCAGACCCUGGGCAAGCGGGGCACCAAGUCAGUGCGCGCGUUCCCGGCCGAGGACCUCUGCUUCUACCAAGGCUCCUUGCGCGCCCACAGGAAUUCCUCGGUGGCCCUUUCCACCUGCCAAGGCUUGUCAGGCAUGAUAAGGACAGAGGAAGCAGACUAUUUCCUGAAGCCACUUCCUGAAAGCCUGGCAGGGACACUGAGUGGUCAUCCUCCCGCCGGCCCUUGCUCUCCCUCCCACAUGCUCUACAAGCGAUCCACAGAGCCCCAGGCGCCCCAGGCUCCAUGGGCCAACGAGAUCCUGACGGUGGCCCGGAAGCGAGAGCUGGCGAGCCGAAGCCUCCGCGAUGACAGCCACGGUCCCGGGCUCCAACAAAAGCAGCACUUCUGUGGAAGACGCAAGAAAUACAUGCCCCAGCCUCCCACGGAAGACCUUUUCGUCCUACCUGACGAGUACGCACCUGGCCCGAGACACAAGCGCUCCCUCCUCAAGUCGCCGCGACAGGAGGAGCUGAACGUGGAGACGUUAGUGGUGGUGGACAACAAGAUGAUGCAGAACCACGGGCACGACAACAUCACCACCUACGUCCUCACCGUGCUCAACAUGGUGUCUGCCUUGUUCAAGGAUGGGACAAUAGGAGGAAACAUCAACAUAGCCAUUGUAGGGCUCAUUCUUCUGGAAGAUGAACAGCCUGGCCUGGUGAUAAGUCACCACGCAGACCGCACUCUAAGUAGCUUCUGCCAGUGGCAAUCUGGACUGAUGGGAAAAGACGGAACCCGCCACGAUCAUGCCAUCUUGCUGACCGGUUUGGAUAUAUGUUCGUGGAAGAAUGAACCCUGUGAUACUUUGGGGUUUGCGCCUAUAAGUGGGAUGUGUAGUAAAUACCGCAGCUGUACCAUUAAUGAGGACACUGGACUUGGACUAGCCUUCACCAUCGCCCACGAGUCUGGCCAUAACUUCGGUAUGGUGCACGACGGGGAAGGGAACGUGUGUAAGAAGUCCGAGGGCAACAUCAUGUCCCCCACGUUGGCCGGACGGAACGGGGUCUUCUCCUGGUCACCUUGCAGUCGCCAGUACUUGCACCAGUUUUUAAGCACCGCGCAAGCCGUGUGCCUUGCGGAUCAGCCAAAACCUGUGACAGAAUACCAGUACCCCGAGGAGCUGCCGGGGGAGCUGUACGACGCCAACACGCAGUGCAAGUGGCAGUUUGGAGAGAAAGCCAAGCUCUGCCUGCUGGGCUUCACCAAGGACAUUUGCAAAGCCCUGUGGUGCCACCGCGUUGGAAGGAAAUGUGAGACCAAAUUCAUGCCUGCCGCCGAGGGCACUGUGUGCGGGCAGGACAUGUGGUGCCGUGGCGGGCAGUGUGUGAAGUACGGCGACGAGGGCCCCAGACCCACUCACGGCCAUUGGUCAGACUGGUCUCCGUGGUCGCCUUGCUCCAGGACCUGUGGAGGAGGAGUAUCCCACAGGGACAGACUCUGCACAAACCCCAGACCGUCGCACGGGGGGAAGUUUUGCGUGGGCUCGACGCGCGCCCUGCAGCUUUGCAACAGCCAGAACUGUCCGCGGGGCAGCCCGGACUUCCGCGCGGCCCAGUGCGCGGAGUACGACAGCAAGCGCUUCCGGGGCUGGCACUACAAGUGGAAGCCCUACACGCAAGUGGAAGAUCAGGACUUAUGCAAACUCUACUGUAUCGCAGAAGGAUUUGAUUUCUUCUUUUCUUUGUCAAAUAAAGUGAAAGAUGGGACCCCAUGCUCGGAGGAUAGCCGUAAUGUUUGUGUAGAUGGGAUGUGUGAGAGGGUCGGCUGUGACAACGUCCUGGGAUCCGACGCCGCUGAGGACUCGUGCGGAGUGUGCAGAGGGAACAACUCGGGCUGCGCCCUGCACCGGGGGCUCUACUCCAGGCAGCACCCCGCCCGCCACUACUAUCACGUGGUCACCAUUCCUCCGGGCGCCCGGAGUAUCCGCGUCUACGAGACCAACGAAUCUACCUCCUACCUUUCGGUGCGCAAUGCCCUCAACACGUACUACCUGAACGGACACUGGACGGUGGACUGGCCCGGCCGGUACCGGUUUUCGGGAACUGCCUUCGACUACAAGCGGCCCUUUAAGGAGCCAGAGAGCUUAACCGCCGCUGGACCCACCAAUGAAACCCUGGUGAUAGAGCUUCUGUUCCAGGGCAGGAACCCAGGAGUGGCCUGGGAAUACUCGCUGCCUCGGGAGGGGGUGGAGAGGAGGCCCCCGGCCCCGCCCAGCUACGCGUGGGCCGUCCUGCGCUCCGACUGCUCCGUCUCCUGUGGGGGAGGGCAGAUGACCACCAGGGAAGGCUGCUUCCGAGACCUGAGGGUUCCCGUCAAUGCCUCCUUCUGCAAUCCCGAGACCCGGCCUGUCACGGGGCUGGUGUCCUGCGAGCGGCCGGCCUGCCCCCCCAGCUGGUCUGUGGGGAACUGGAGCGCCUGCAGCCGGACGUGCGGCGGGGGCACCCAGAGCCGCCCCGUCCGGUGCACCCGGCGGGCCCGCGACCGCGCCGAGCCCGUCCCCGCCGGCCGCUGUCCCCGGCCCGCGCCCUCGGCCCGCCGGGCCUGCCACGCCCAGAGCUGCCCGCCCGCGUGGAGCACGGGGCCCUGGGCGGAGUGCUCCCGGAGCUGCGGGAAGGGCUGGCGGAAGAGGAGCGCGGUGUGCAAGAGCACCGACCCGGGGGCCGGGCCGCAGCUGCUGCCCGGCGCUGCCUGCGCCGCGGAGCCCAAGCCCAGGCUGCAGGAGGCCUGCGCGCUCAAGCGCUGCCCCAAGCUGCGCAAGCUGCGGUGGCUCGUGUCCGCCUGGGCCCAGUGCUCGGUGACCUGUGGGAGAGGAACCCAGAAACGAUUCCUCCGGUGCGCCGAGACGUACGUCUCCGGCAAGUACCGCGAGCUGCCCUCUAAGAAGUGCUGGCUUCUGCCGCGGCCGGACCUGGAGCUGCAGCGCGGCUGCGCCCUGCCGCCCUGCCCCCUCCGCGUGGCCACGGGCCCCCCGCGGGGCAGCUGGUCUGCCUCUCCCUGGUCCCAGUGCACAGCCAGCUGCGGAGGCGGCGUGAAGAGAAGGACCGUGCAGUGUCUGUCGGGGGGCCGGCCGGCCUCCGGCUGCUCCCCGAGCCGCAGGCCCGACUCCUCCCUGGCCUGCAACACACACUUCUGCCCCGUGGCGGAGGAGAAAGACGCGGCCUGCGGGGACCACUUCCCCUGGUGCUACCUGGUGCCCCAGCACAGGAUGUGCAGCCACGGGUUCUACAGCCAGCAGUGCUGCGAGACCUGCGCAGAGUCCAACCUGUGA